AUGAAUGUAAAUACUCAUUUGGAAGAUUUAUCAAAUGAGAUAUUCUUCGAAAUAUUUGAUUAUUUACAUAUAUUUCAUAUGUUUACUGGCUUCACUUUAUUGAACAGACGAAUAUCGUCUGUUUUACAAUCAAUUCCAGUUCAUAUUCUUAUUUCAAGAGAAUAUUGUCAACAUCAAAUUGAUUUUCUUUCUUUUCACCUUACUUUUCAUGAACGUCAAGUUAUCUCAAUAAUAAUUUUCGAUACCAUUCCUGCUGAUUCAUCAAUUAUUAGUUUAUUAUUUAAUCGACACAAUUUUUCUAAUCUAAAAUUAUGUAAACUUCUGUCAAUUAAUUCAACGGCUAGACUUGGUAAUGUUAUUGAGCAAAUUCAAAGUCUUAAUACACUUGUUAUACUUAAAAUUUCUCAACUAGAGGGUGACUACUUAAAUGAAAAUAAUAAUGAUGAAUUGACUCGAAUGAUAUUGACACACAAAUCAUCUUCUCUUCGUUCAGCGUGGAACUUCAAUAUGUUUGCCAGUACUGAAACAUAUCAAAUUAUACAUCCAUAG